AGUUGUCCACAUCAGCGUGAAAAGCAGAAGGAUGGCACCUAGACGCACCAAAAGUUCAAAGAAUCCACCAAUUUUCAGCCAUGAAUUCUUCAUACAAAAUCAUGCAGAUAUUGUAUCAUGCAUUGCUAUGGUUUUUAUUAUCGGCCUUAUGUUCCAGGUAAUAUUAAUGUUUUGUUUAACUUAGUCUUAGUAGCUUUAAUCCGUUGCGAUGCAGGUUGCACAGCUGUUAACUACUACCUCACACUGUAGAUCAUGAUGUUGUUACUGCCAAUUACGGUUACGUAUGUUUUACUUGAAUAACUCAGAAGUUGUCAUUUAGCUCAUAUGGUAAUGUCAGAGAUGUCCAGUUUAGAAAGCUUAGGGUAAUCUUGCAGUUCAGGUGCAUAUAUUAUUUCGGCUAAUGAUCAUUCGAGAUGCCACGACUUAUUUUCCAGCGAGUGACUUCCCUUUGUUUAUUUUUACUAAAUUGUUUUAGGGAUCGAUUUAGGGUUCAGGUACAGAGGGAUCGAUUUAGUGUUUAAGGUUAGGCAUAGGGAUCGAUUUAGGGUUCAGGUUAGGCAUAGGGAUAUAUGACUUCAAGCAAGAUGGCGGCCACUGAUAAAAUAGUGGCAUUUUCAGUGAUCGUUUGCGUAGUAUUAGUAAUCACUAACUCUAAAUUGUACAGCACUAACUUUUCCCAAUAGUUGUACAUGCACAUUCUGCGCAUGCCCUAAAAUGACGCAUAAACCUUUGACAUGCUUUUGUUGACCUCGGUAAAUAACCUCGGGCAUCAAAAUUUGCAUAAAUAAGCUGUGUUUUACGUCACCAUUGUCCUGUUGAUUGGUUUCUGCACACAAUACUAUGGCGCUGCGAUCCCAAGCUGUUGGACAAAAAGCGACCGGUAAGUGAAUAAAAGUUUAAAUACAUUUUUUUUGUAGAAAUGAUAUCACUAAAAGAACAUACACUACCAUAUUCUAAUAUAUUAAUUGAUUUUUAUAGCUUAAUAUAGUUAACGAGGCUGCGCUCAAGUAACCGCAAAAAACCCCCUAAAUUGGGUAACAAAACCAUCAAAUUCUCUUUUCUCCCAUUUUCCGCCUAGGGACGCGGUCCAGUUAUCGAUAGUCAUGGACAUUUAAUGAGCGUUUUGGAAAUUUGAUAUUAUUCAAUACUUAUAACAAUUAAUCAAAGCAGAUUUUAAAAUAAGAAGUGUCUACAUGUCCGACGACCAGAAGAAUAAUUCUCAAUAUUCGUCCGGCGACCAGGUCACAUGACCGCCGUAACAAAGUUGGGCCAGAUACCUAUCUGUCAAGUAUGUCACGUGACCGCUAAUAUUCAAUCAUAAAACUGGUGUCGGAGAUGCAUGGGUGGUGAUGAGUAUACACUUCAUUUCAAGAAACAAGUGGGGGGUGUCAAGGUGUUAGAAUCCCUGAGAGUCUGUGUUGUGCCUGAAGUGUAUUGGAGUAUAAGCGUAGGGAUAAUUAAGGGAAAGGGUGUGGUACGGUAGUGUGUGCAGUUGGUCAGUAGAGCAGGGGAGAGCGAGUGGGUAGGACGCUGACCUUAUCAGUGUUAGUGUUAUUGUCAUUAGUAGUGUGGUGAUCCAUGUAGUAUGUGUGGUUCUUUGGCUAAGCUUGUUAGCAGAACCCACAUUACUUAUGGGAAGUGAAAUAAAAGUUAGAACACAUAACUGAGAAGAACUUUUGUGUUAAGUCUUUGACUUUGUGUACUCAUUGUGUACAGUGUGUAUCAGUAUCAAAUACCCCUAGACAACGAAGCACACAAGCUAAAUUCGUGACCGGGGGGGGGGGGGGGAGGCAAUGCAUAAAAAAAAAUUGUAUCAAUGUUAUCCGCCUUUCGGGACUCCAUCUCCGGGUUUGAUUUCAGAGUUUCCUUCUCUUAGAUGAGUUGCCAUCCAAGGUUAACGAGUCCCAUCUACCCGGGGUGCUGGUGGUGUUUUUGCUCUAGCUGGAAUUGAACUCCAGACCACCAACUUGAGAUUUGCUCAGUUUAGAGCACUCGGCCACCCAGCACCCUAAAUAUAAUAUAAAAUUGAAAUAUAAAUGUUAUUUUCAUUAUAAUUAUACUAAACAUAUAAUAAUAUAGAGUUAUAGUUAUAAGAGUAGUUAUUAAAUGAAAAUGGUCUGCAAAUUUUGUUAAUUUUAUUUUGUUUUACAUUUUUUUCCUUUUCAGUUUGUAAUUUCUAGAAAUGUCAGUGACUAUUGAAGAUUAUAACCUGUAACUGGCAAGCUUUGCCCAGGAUGCAACUGCAAGUGUGAAAAGAAAUGGUUAUCUAUCUGUAUAGUUGCGAACCGAACAAGACAGAGAGCAUGAAAGCGGCUGUUUCUGCUCUUAGAGGCCUUCCAACGAGAGGAUAGCUACUAUGUUUCUAACAAGGCUGCAAUACGUGUAUAUCAAUAUGCAGACCUGUUUACACUCAAACUCUUAAAAUCUUACAUCAUCAUCACAAAAUCGUUCAACACAUUAUCUUAACCCAUUAUAGGGCAGAGGUACUUCCUCUUGCUAGUCCUAAAAGGGCAACAUUUUUCCGGAUUUUUAGUAAGAUUUAGGGUUAUGUUAGUAAAAAAAAUCAAAUCUAAGGUGUUGUUCAACAAAUGUUUGUGAAAUAAAAAGCAAAAUAAAGGAAAAUGAAUGCAGAUUUAUAAUUUUACUCACAUGUUGCCAUUAAUCCUCAUAUGAACACAAAUAUUUGCAAAAAAAGAUAACAUAUUGUUUGUGAUUUUGAGUCAUCUAUUUACUAUUUACAAACACUGCCACAAAAUCAAAGUUUGAAAAAUUCAACACUGCUUACUACGCUGAUUUCACUAAUAUUACUAAUAAUAUUAAUAUCUAGUUCCAAUUUACAGUCAAUUCGUGCACUUCAAUGUCACUUAAAUUGAAUCCAGCGAAAUCUCCGCUAUCACUUGAAUAUAAUCGGCAAAAUCCAUUUCGAAAUUUUUUUUUUUAAACCCCUAAAAAAAAAAAAAAACCAUUAAAAAAUUGUAAAUGGAAAAAACGGAAAAAUCCAUUUCGAAAUUUUUUUUUUUAAACCCCUAAAAAAAAAAAUUUAUUAAAUAAUUGUAACUGGCGCCCACUCUAUCUAGCUAUCGGAAAAACCAGAUGUAAACAAUACAAAGUCUCGCAAAGACUCGGGGGGGGGUCAUGAGUUUACAACUCUAUGUCGUCACGGAUGCUUUUGGCUGUUUUGCCCAUUCAGUACUAAAGACAUUUUUGGCCGUUUUGCCCGGUAAAGGGUUAGUAAAAAAACAACAUACAAAAUAUGUAUACAUCUCAAAAUCAUACAUGAUACGCCAAAAUUGUAAGAGUAAACAGGUCUGCUUAUGUGUCAAGAUUGUAUAAAAAGCUUUCUAUUUUUAAAAAGGAAUUGAAACUAUUUGGAAUAAAACCCAAAAUCUUUUGUUGCAGCCAGUUGUAGUGCCGGUUAACAAGAAGAAGAAAUUGUUGCCUUCCAGCAGUAGUGAUGCUACAACUAUUGUAACACACAAUGAUUGUUUCCUUCCACAGGUAAUUGAGCAUCAGGCAAUACCAAGGACUCAAGAUGUACCGGUAACCAAAGUUAUAAUUAAAACAGCAUUGAUUAAAUAUUUGUUGGGUAUCAUUACUUUAAAUAUAUGAACCUCUGAACUUUUCUUUUGGAAUACAUUUGAAAAAAAUAUUUUUUUCUUUUCAGAAUAUUUUAAAUUCUUCAUCUCAUACAGGCAAAUGUUAAUAUUAUUAGUAUUAGUUUAACAUUUAUUGUUUAUAAUUUAUUUACAAACUAACUGCACGAUUUUUUUGUCUGUUUUGACGCUAUGUUUGAAUAAUUUAUUAAUAGAAUUUCUAAAUUUCUUUUCAGGACGUUAUAUUUGAAUAAUUUAUUAAUAACAUUUCUAUAUUUCUUUUCAGAAUCCAUUCAAAUAAGUAGUUGCACUGCUUUAUUUCAUGUAAUUAGUUUAUUGUAUGGACCUUAGAUUUAGAAAAAAAUUAAAUUAAAAUUUAAAUAAUUUUUUCUUUUCAGGUAUUUUCAAGUUCCCUACAGAACAUAAAAUAACUAUAAUUUAAAUUUUAUUUGAUGUGGUUAUCACUUAAAAUGGAAUAGUCCUGAAUUUUUUGUUUGUUUUUCAUGUAAAAAAAAUAAAUAUUACCAAAAAAGGAAUUUUUAACCCUUUCUCUUCAAAAACAUUUUUAAAAAUAAAUAUUUAUUAUAUAAUGUGAAACUUUUGUUGUUCAUUGUGUUUUAUAUGACAUUGAGAAUAUCUACUGAAAAUGUGGUACCAUUACCUUAAAAAUAAAAAAAAGUUAUGGGUCAAAAGGUAAAAAAGUUUUUUGGUCAAAUAUAUAGCUUAUAUAAAGGGUGUUAAAAAUUUGACCAAAAAACUCAUAACUCUAGUUCUAUAAAAGAUAGAAAGAUGAAAUUGGUGUUUUUAUAAAGCUUUUAGCUAGCCCUUUAAAAUGAUGUAUCAUUCAUGGCAAUCGGACAAUAUUUAAAUUUUGUAUCAAAGUACCUACUUUUUUACAGGCCCCAUAAUUUAGAUGUUAGCUGAAGGGCUUUUAAAGAUGUUCAUUUCCGAAAGCCAUCAUGAGCGACGCCAUGUAUAUUGGCUGGUUUUAGGAAAAAUUAAAAUUAUGAGUUAAUUACCCUUCAGUAUCGGCUUUUGAAUAUGGAUAAUCAAGUGUAUGUGUACUAAGUUUGAUCUUGUUUCAUUCACCCAUGCCCAAACAGGAGCCAUUGUUUGGAAUUAUAUUUAUACACCCCAUAUAAGAAAAAAAAUUUGGGCCCCCAUAAAAUAACGGAACAUCUAAUUAAGUUCAAAAUUUUGAACCAAAUUUUUUCUUACAAACCCAACAAUAAUAUUUUAAAUAUUUUUUAACCCCAACCUCUCACUUCUAAUACCCGGGUCUGAAUAGACACUUUGUAAUUUUUUGGGACCCACUGAACUGCCAACUCAACAAAUUCAGGGUCUAUAUAAUAGCCUAUGUAUAAAAUUAUAAUCUGACUUAUUUUGAGCCUAGGGUUAUUAUAUUUGGAGUUAUAUUUUCAUGCAACAUAUAAAUUGGCAUUGGACUUUGUGCUUCCAAUUCCCAAAAAGUGGUUUAAGGAAUGCUAAAAGAGUAUUAUCUAACUUUUUUGCCACCGCAUUCUUUAAGUCUAUACUGGGAUUAAAAAUUAACCAAAUUUAGGCUAGAGCAAGAUAUUUGGACAUCCCCUUCUCCAUCCCUUUUAAUUAAUUUUUAACUUAUGUUUUGCUAUUUGGACUUGUAAGUAAUUUUAAUUUUGGCCUAAUGUGACAAUGAAAGUUGUCCAAGACAAUGUUAAUUAAUAUUAAAAAAAUUCCCCCAGGUUAUGUUGCUAAAAUGUACAUCAAACUAGUUUGUGACUGUACAGUUAGUAUGAUGUGCACCAUGGUCUUUUAGAAUUAUCUCUAAAAUAUUUUCCCCUACAGGCCACCUCGCCUGUUGCCAGCUUGUUCAUCACCAUGCAGAACAAUCUUACAGUAAAUGGUGAGGCUUCCAUAAAAAUAAACAUUGAUACUAUUUUUAGAUUAAAUUAAUUUCUUUAAUGUUAUAUUUUCUAAAUCAUAAUCAUCACAUUAAUUUUAAUAUUUUGUAAGUUAAAAUUAUAUUGAUUAUGUUGUACUGAACAAACUAUUUCAUAAUUAUUUUUUUUUAUUGAAAAGCAUUUUUAACUGCACCUGAUAAGUGGUUCAAUCUGGUUUUGUAAAAUGAGCCUUUUGGGUUCUUUGGCUCUUUAAAAUUGAGUUGUGACUCAUAAAAUGUUGGGAACCUGUGAUUUAUGUAUUACAAAAACAUUUGCCAUGUAAUACAAAAAAUUAAAAAAUUCUGAAAUUUAUAUGGGAUGAAAAUGUGUUAUCAUUUUUAUGAUGCUAUUUUGAUAACACGAUCCAGACUCGGCAAAUGUGGAACAUAUAGUCUACUCCACUGGAAGCAAAGACUUGUUCACAGUUUUCUUCUACUUUCUUAUCUGCAUUGUCAUCCAUGCUGUACUUCAGGAGUAUGUUCUUGAUGUGAGUUAACCUUUCUCCUUUUAUAUUAUAUGUAUUUAUGGAUCCUUAAUAACAGUUUUUAAAAACCCUUUUUGUGUCCAUCUAUAUGUCUUUGUAUAUAAAGAUCUCAACAAAAUAUUGAGGCAACAUACAUUUUAAUUUUUCUUUUUUUAGUUAUGGCGUUUGAAGAUCAAGGUUAUUCCACUAUUUAGUUGUUGAAUAAAAAGGUUUAAUAAAAAGGAAUUGGUUACACUGAGAAAAUGAUCAGUUACCUGUAUGCUCUCUAUCAUGUAAUCAAAAGUUGUAAUUGAAACACAGAAUAAAAAAAAUACACUGAGAAAGUAGAUAGAGGCAAGAGGUUACACAAUUUUAUUAUUAGUAAUAUAUUAAUAAAUAUUACAUAUAAUUCAAAUUAAAAUAUAAAUAAGUCUGUUAUUCAUUGCGUUGAGUUUGACAUAAUUUGUAAUUGCUAAGGAAGUAAAGCUGAUUAUUUCUUCUAAGGGAAAUGAACAUUAAUGAACAAGCUUUAAAGAUAGCCAUCCAGAUAUACAAGAUGAAAGUUAAAAUUACAUGAAAUAUCACUUCUAUUUUUCUUAACAUAAGAAUGAUCUCACUUACCUCCCUGUAUUUUUAAUAUUUAUGGUUAAGCUCCCUUACACCUUAUUUAAUAUUUUCCUGGGUAUCUGGUAAUGCCAUCCAUUCACAAUUAUUCCCCUUUGAUAUGAUCUGUUGACAAAAUAAUUGUAUCAUUCUAUUUGGUAGGGAUCAGCUGUUAUAAUACUAAUUACUCUUUUUAUUUCAGAAACUUAAUAGAAAAAUGCAUUUGUCAAAGACCAAGCACAGUAAAUUUAACGAGUCAGGACAGUUGCUUAUUUUCUUCCUUGUGUCUGCAAUUUGGGGUGCAGACAUUUUAUUUAGGGUGAGAGAGGAUGCAUUUUUUUUUAUAAAGAAAUUCCUUUUAAGGAAUAGCUAUAAGAAAACUGAUACAAACUUUUAAUUGUUGUAGCUAGAGUUUAGACUAUCUUUAUUUUCUUACACACUAUAUGAAAUUCAAAUGUUUCUGUUGCCGCUAUAAUUUUUGUGGACUGGAAUUUAAAAAUAAUAGUAUAAAUAUAAAAGAGCUACCAAAAGUAUGCGCAUGAUUUUGCUAAUGUUCUAUUCCAGAUUUUUCUUUUUGAUUUAAAGAAGCAAAAAUAACAAUAUCAGAACUUUUUUAUUUAAAAUGUUAUUUUUAUUUAUUUAAAUUGUAUUAAUUGAGGAUAUUUAAGUUAUUUGUUCUUUUACUUCAAAGGAAAAUUUUGUGUCCAGCGUGAAUCACCUUUGGGAAGGAUAUCCUCAUACUCAACUGCCGUAUGUAAUAAUAUGCGUUCUAAAUUAAUUUUCAAAUUGAAAUCCAAUUUGUCAGUGGUGUCUCAAUUGAAUGCUAAGUUCAUUUUUAUUUUAUUAUUUGAUAUAUGUUUUCAGCUUUGUUGUUGGACUUAUUAAAAUGGUAAUGUUUCAAAUAUAUGUUAUAAUGGACAUGUAGUAUAAAUGUGGUUACUUUAUGUUUUGGUUUCAGGUUCAUUGUGAAGUUCUUCUUCAUUACACAAUUGGCUUACUGGGUGCACAACUACCCUGAACUCUACUUCCAAAAAAUCAGAAAGGUACUGAUUUAAAUUCUUGAAGCCUAAUGAAAGAAAGUAGAAACUUAAUGUUAUUGAAACAGUUUGAAUACAGUAGAACUGAUCAUGUCAUUUAAUCAAUGUAACUUGUGUUGUGAUUUAUUUAAUGAGGAUCUGUGCAAAUCCACAGGAGGAGAUGUUUGGUAGGCUGCAAUAUACCACUAUUUAUCUCAUCUUCAUAGCUGCUGCCUACUUCCUGAAGUAAGUACUUCCAUACACAAACAACAUAGUUAAUGUUCUUUAAAAACAUAGAGUUACUCUUUUUUUUUUGAAUUAAUAUAUAUCAAUUAGUUUUAACGGGAGACUCUUGAAAAAUGGAGAAAAAAAAUUGUUGAUAUUUUUUUUGAAAUUCUAAAAGAAAUAAUUUUAAUUAUACUUUGAAGUUUUUGUGUGCAUUUUUCUCACUAGUGUAUUUGUUGUUAAUUUAGAGCAUACUUGGGAAGAUAUCUCCAUCAUUUACAGUCCUAAAGGUUUCAAAUUUGAUGAGGUUAUUUCUAAUAAUAUAUGUGUUUACAAUAUGACAUGUGCAUUUUGUGAAACCUUUAUUCUUUGAAUUUGAUUUAUUUCUACUAAGGUGGGAUAAUUUAUUUUGUCCCUGCUGGAAUCAUGCUGAUUAAAAAAAAAAAAGAGUCCUAAAAAAUUAACCAUUAGAGAUAUUUGAAAAUCCUCUUGUAGAACAAUAGAAUUGAAUUUUGCAGACUACACUAAAAAAUGUGAAAAUCUGUCUGCUAGUUUUCAUUGUAGGUUCUGCACUGUAAAGUGUUAAAAUGCAAAAAAAUAUAAUUUUAUUCUUCUAAUCAAGUUAAAUAUCGCUAUACAAUGUCCAUGUUAAAUUGAGUAAAGCUGAAAUAUGAAUAACUUUUUAAAAUCACAUGAGACUCCCCUUAAAUCACCACUGUGCUGUAGCAUAUGAUUUAAUUUGGGUGCAAAGUCAUAGACUCGACCCAAAGCAGAAUCUUAAAUGCCUGAAGGUACAGAACAAAAAUUAUUAAAGUUAUGUGAAAUCUUGCACUUACUUAAAAUGCCAGAUGGUGUUUUCACAAAACUAAAACACUUGUUUUACGAUUUUGUGCAUGUUGAAAUUCUUUUGUAAGUGUUGGCAGAUUUACUAUUAAGUUCUGCAUGUCAAUAUUGUUUUUCCAAAUUAUCUGGAACCUUGACUGCUGUUUUAUUUACUCUCUUCUUUAUUUGAUUGCAGUUUUAACCGUGUAGCUCUGUGUGUGCUUGUACUGCACUAUACUGUUGAGGCGCUCUACCAUUUGGCUUUGCUAUGCCACUUUUCAGAAAAGCAAGAAGCUGCUAAAUCCAUGUGAGUUGGCUUACUGACUCCCCUACCCCUUUAAACUGUUAUCCAAGAUUGGAGGUUUUGAUAAAAUUAUGUGAUUGCAUUACAAUAUUGUAACUCAUAAUAUGCAACAGUAACUUAAUUACAUUGCAUUUCUAAGUUAAACAACUCCUAAAAGUUUUUUUAUAUAAAUCCUUUAUAAAAUGUAAUACUGAGCAAUGAGGGGUGGGGCUGAAAAUUUGACAAAACAUGCAUACAAGUUAUACACUUUAUAAGAGUCCUAAUCUGUGGGAAUUGGCCCAAGGCCCCACCCCCUUAUGUUUUUAUUUCUUAUUAAAGAAACCCCCUCAAAAAUGGUAUUAACGUCCCUAGUUCUAUAGUACAUUCUUUUGUUAUGUUCUAUAGUACAUUCUUUUGUUAUGUUCUAUAAUACAUUCUUGUGUUGUAAUGUUCUCUAUGUGUAAAUAGUAAAGUUUGAUCUUGUUUUCACAGUUUUAUGGUUUUUGAUGUGUUGUUUGUCCUGGUGCGGCUUGGGACCAUCACUUUAGCUGUUCUAACAUUCUGGUAAAUAGUUUAUAUCACUUGAUCCAGUCCACUUAACCAAAAUGAAUUCCUUGUUUAUUUGCUUGAAAAUUAUUUAUUCUGUUAGAAUCCAUAGGUUUAAGCUAUUUGCUUGGGCUCAAGGACUUUUCAGUGUUAGUGUAUGAUGAAGUGUUAAAUAUAAUCUUUUAAAGUCAUAGACAAAUUUCAAGUUUAUCCUGUUAUUUCAUAUUGUUUUUACAUAGCUUGUAAAGGGGCUUUAAAACUGGCAUCUGCAAAAAGGAGCUAUUUCAGGGUAAUCUGUGAAACUGGAUAGUUUCAAAAGUGCAUUUUUAUAGUUCGCAUCAAGAAUAUUAUUUUAACUCCUUAAUCUUAUCUAGGAAAGAAUUAAGAACUUUGAAUUUGUAACAAAAAUGGUUUAGGAUUUUUGUCCACAUAAUUGUUUUUUUUGUGUGCUUUAGGUAUGGCCUAGCUCAGUCCAAUAACUCAGUUAUAGAUGUGGCUGCCGGAAAUUACAACACCUAUUUAGUGAGGUAUUUCCAAAUAAUGUUACAGUUGAUUACCUUUAUGUAAUUGUAAUUUAAAAAAUUGGGUUCUGGGUGGCCGAGUGGUCUAAACUGAGCAAAUCCGAGUUUGUGGUCUGGUGUUCAAAGCCCAGUCAAGCAACAACAUCACCAGAACCCCGGGUAGAUGGGACUCGUUAACCUUGGUUGGCAAAUCAUCUAAGAGAAGGAAAUUCUGAAUUCAAACUCGGAGAUGGAGUCCCAAAGGCGGAUAACAUUGGUAUAAUGAAACUUUCCAACAACUCCUGAGACGCCACUGGUGCCAAGCUGUAUCAUCCAAAUGAGGUUCCCUUGGGUUAUCCAGCGGUGUGGAGAGAGGCGAUUUGCUGUUCGGAACCAGCUUAUAAUCCUUGAAAAUAAUCCCAGGCCUUGUGGAGUUCAUCCUAUUGUGACUGACGGAUGCCAGAAAAAAAUUUAAAAAAAUAUAUUUGGCAACACAUUUUUUUGUUUUAAUUUUGAGUUAAACAAUAUUCUGGGGAUGUAUAUCCUAAUAUAAGAAUCGGAAGGAAAAGACUGCACACAUUUCUUACAUUUAUCAGAAAAAAAUUGUAACUUAUCUUCACAUUAUUAUUAUGUUGGUUUACAAGCAUAUUACAAAGUUUUAUUAUUUCAUAUGAAAAAUUUAAAACACAAGUUAGUUAGGGAUUAAAAAACUCACCUCAAUGUAUAAUUGGUCUUAUUUGAGCCUAUUGUAUUUUCCCCAUACAUAUUGAGAUUCAAUGUUUUGCUUUUUUUAUUUUUCCAGAAUCAACUGUUUGGCAGCAAUUGGAUUGAGUCAAGCUGGACUUAUGUGGAACUUCAUAACUUUCCACCUGCGUAAACUAAGAGAGAAAUCUCCUGUCAGCAAGAAAAUUCGCUCACCAAGUAAAAAGAGAGCCGGUCCCAAAAGUGAGUAGAGAAAUGAAGUCCGUCGCUCAUGAUUACCAUUUGUCGUCUGCAUUGAUAUAGUUGUACUCUACCCCAGGUAACUUGUGAGGCCAUCAUCUUCUUUUUUUAUAUUUAUUUUUAAUUUUGUUUCAAAAUUAUGGUUUAGGUUUACCAAGAUAACUUAAGUGUUGGUUGAUGGGAAAUAGAAUAUUCCAGAUUAUGGCUGCUUGUGUCACUAAUAAAGUCAUAGUUUUUUUGCAUGUCAAGAGUGUCUGUAGAUUCCUUUAAAACCAACACUCUGAAGUGCCUGCUUCAUCAUUUCAUAUUUCCUUGCAAAUCAAGUAAUAUUUUGCUUUGGCUUUUAGUUUCUCUCUUUCUUAGGGUGUGAACUGAGUGCAUUCGUUUUCCUCUCCGCUUCGUGAUGGUCCCAGCUUGACCUUUGCUCUCAGUUGCCGAAUCACCGGAAGAGUCUCAUAUUUCAAUCUAGGAAACGGAGUGCACCCCUCUCGCGUUCCUCUCGCGAGAGGGGUGCACUCCGUUUCCUAGAUUGAAAUAUGAGACUCUUCCGGUGAUUCGGCAACUGAGAGCAAAGGUCAAGCUGGGACCAUCACGAAGCGGANAUUUUUUUUCACAGAGGAAAGGGAAGGAAAUCAUAUAAUGCUUAAUUAUAAUUUUUUGCUUCUUUCCCUUUUGAAUUAAAAAAAAAAAAAAAAAAAGUGCAUUUGUCCUGAUUAUUUUUAAAAUCACUAAAUUUGUUUUCCUAAUUUAAAAAUUAUAAAUAUUAUAAAGUAAGUGAUCACAUUUUUCUCUACAAGAAAUAUUUAUUUGACUUAAGUUGAUUAACAAAAUAAGCUAAAAAUCUGCCACAGUUAAAUAAUUAUUUGCUUGUAAGUUUACAUAGUUUGAGUUAAUAUUAAUAUGAUUAUUACUGCUUAUUGCAAUGUCUGUAAUUGCAUUAAAAAUAAAUAAAUAAAUAAAAUACUUAUUUUAUUAACUUUUGUACUCAACAUUCAUCUAGACCAGUGGUUCUCAAGUGAGUAGUACAAAACACCCCCACCCCCUUGUGUGUUUGGAGAGCUCGGGGGUGGGGGGGGGGGCGACAAGUGGAGUUUGGGGGGGCGCUGGGACUCACAAAGGGGCCAUUGAUGAUUAAUAUCAAGUAUAUAUAUUUUUAAUUAAAAUUAUACAUACAAAAUAAAGAUGACAUGAUUUUUGAAAGCCAAAAAUAAAUACAACUGAAGGGGAUUGAUAUAAGACUCAUAUAGUAUUACAAUGUUUUCACAUCAUAACCAGACAAGAGUUAAGUCCUAUGAUCUGUUAAACAGAAAUACUAGAAACAUAAAAAACAAUACAUGAAAAUUUAGCUAGACACUGACAGUUGACAACAAUUUGUUAAUAAUAGGUGAAGAACUCAUUCUACCAGCAAUUCUUGACUUUUUAGGCUCAUAGACCCAAGACUGAUAACAUGGAAGAUAAGUUAUAUAAAAAAAUUUUUACAUGAAAAAGUUGUUUAAAAAAUUCAAUUAGAGUCUAACCUUCUGGUUUUUUUUGCACCCAUGAAUAUUGUGUGAAAAAUGCAAGUUUGGAUGCAACGCUAUUAUUUGCAAGACACCUGAGAUAUGGGAAGGGGUGUCAAUAUUUUAUGUUGUUUGGAAAUACUUGAAGGAAAGUCUACUAAAUAACAUUCUACUGUAACUGAUGUAUUAUCAACAAUUCUUGUGACAAAUUAUUGCAAAUGUAUGUUGUUGGUUAUAUGAAGAAAAAAAAAUAGAAACCAGAUGUUUAGACUAUUAUUUUUUGGUUAAGGAGUUAGAGUCAAAGUCAGGAUGUGACAAAACUCAGUAAUCACAUGAUAAAACACUGUGAUAAUUGAAAUGAAUUAAGUUUAAGCCCAUGGAAGCUGUUAUUGAUUUAAGAAAAAGAUAAAAAAAUAAAUUUGAAAGAGAAUGAGAUCAGGGUUAGUAAAAGCAAAUGCCUUUCUAAAUUGGCAUAAUAAAUUAUAUUCAAGCAAAAUAUUAGCAUUUUUGAAUUAUACCUUUUGUGAAUAAGUCUAAGCUUGUAGAUAAAUUGGGGAUUUAAUACGAUUUUUUGCAAAAUGAAAAUUAAUUUGCAAACUUUUGGGUUUGUUAUGUAAGAAAAUCUGAGCGAGUUUAGUGUCCUUUGGUGUACAUCAUGAACAAGGUGAUAAAUUUUGUAUUUGUGGCAGUAGGUGAACUGUAGGUGGAGAUUAAACAAAAAUGAUAUUGAGCAGAAACCAAAUUUUAAGAAAAGUUGAUUGAAAAAACAACCACAGUAAUAUAUUUAAAAAGGCAUAUAUUCAAGAAUGAGCUAGGCCAGUGGUGGGCUAAUUGCAGCUUUAGUAACCUGAAUGUGGCUUGGCCGAAAAACAUUGUCCUUGACAGGUUCUUUUUGUCUCUUUUGACUAAUGAGUUUACUGACCAUUGAGCUAGUCUAUCCAUAUAACACUAAAGAAACGAAUUAAUUUAAAUUGGUUGGGAUUCUUAAAAACGUUAAUAGUGAUUUUCUUUUUUUUUCAGGAAUCGAAUAAAUUUAAAUGUGAAAACAAAUAAAAUAUAUCAUUUUAAUUUUUAGUAUAUAUUAAAGUAUUUUUAUUAUAAAUUACAAAUACAUUUAAAAUAAAAAUUAAAGAUUAAAGAACUACUUCAAAGCAUUUUAUUGGAAUUAGUUAUGAAUUUUGUUGAUACUUUAUUUUACCCCAGGCAGUACAAGAUACGUCUCAGAAUAAAGGAAUGAAUUUGAUAAAUAAUGAAUCUUCUUAGGUACAUAUAUAUUGGGGUUAGGAAAUAGGGUGUGUACAUUUUUAUGUGGAUGACAAUAUCUUAAAAUCCAAUGAUUUUUACACUCAUGAAAAAGAGAUGUUACAUCACCUUUUUACAAAUAAACAUAUGUUUACCAAUUAAGAAAAUCAAUGGCAUUGACAAAACGUGGGUAUAUUCACACAAGUUUACCCAAUAUUUUGACAUGUGAAAAUUUAAUCUUCCGAAUGGAGACAUAUUUUUUAAAAUUUACAGUUCAUGGGUGUAAACAAAGAUGGGAUAAGAUUGUCUUUCAAACAAUGAAAUAAAUUUUUGUUUUUAAUUUGUGAAAAGUAUAGUGGGUGUAUAUUUUUAUGAGAUUAAUAACAUAUCUUUAAAAAAGACGCUCAAGGCUGUUAUAGACAUGAAAAACGGUUAAGAGAUUCUUCUUUAGAUAAAAUAAUUCUUUGUUUUAGUUAGGUUUUUUUUAGUAGAAAAACAAGGCAAAAAUUUGGUUACAUUUUUAAGGAGGAUAUCAGCAUAUCAAAUUCUGUUAAUAUGAAAAUUAUUUAAAAUAGUAUCCAGAGUUUUGUUUGUAAAUUUAAGAUUAUGUUUUCACGAUUUUCCAGGGACAAAAAAUUUAGUUCAGGGGAACAAAAAGGGGUAGGGUAGGCCCAAAAUUUAACAAUUUAAAAAUGCAAGAUGUCUGAAGUAUUUCUCUAGCGUAGAAAUCAGCCAUCAAUGAACUCCUUUAGUGACAAUAAUGAUUUAAUUAGUGAUCAUUUACAUUUGAUAAUUUAAGGUCAUAUUUAGAGUUGUUGUAAAGAGGUCGAGAAAAGGGGUAGGGUAGGCAUAUAAAAUAUAGCAGAAAAAUACUUCUCAAAUAAAAUGUAAUCAUCAUGGCAUAGAUACUUCUUUUUUAAAAUCAGAUAUUGUGAUGAGUGUUCGCAAUAGCAGGUAGAAAUUAUCGCUAAGUGCCUACCGUUAUUAUGCUGAUAACGUCACGUCAGAUCAUAUUUAAUAAUUUUAGCAACCUGUUGAAUUUAACUGUGUGGAUCAGAGAUUUGUGAGAAAAAUGUAUUGUUAGUCAGUCAAGUUGGUUAACUUUUAUUGUUGAAUUUUUUGUUCUAAAACAAAAUAUACAAAAAGCUCUCCUGUACAGGUAUGGUGGUUAAUUACUUCAUAGCUGCAUUUCUAACAUUUUUUUUGUUUUGGGAGGGGGGGGGAUGGGUUAAGAGCUGGUGUCAACCGUAGCACUAUACAAAAAUAUAAAUAUAUUUAAAUUACAACCUCUGCUAUCCUUUAGCACUUAAUUCUGUAAUUAUUUUUAUCCAGAAUAUUAUUUUUUAUAAUAGGGGGUUCUAGGGAUGAGUUUAUGUCCCCAAGGGGGUCUGUGGUAAACAAAAUUUUAAGAACCACUGAUCUAGAUGUUUGAUAAGUAUCUACAUCAGGCUUUCCCAACCUGCGGUGCUUCCACUCCCAUGUGUAAGAACCAUAGCAGACAUUAUAAUUUGUCCGACUAUGACAUAAAUAUUUAUAAAUUAAAAAAAAAUUCUUUAUUAAAAUGUUACUUUUUGUAUUAAGUCACAAGUUUAAAUUGUAAGCUCUACAGUUCUCUAUGAAACUCAGAAUAAAAAUUUAGACAAUUAUUUUAAUAUGCAUUUUUACUUUUGUAGGGAGUGUUAGACUUAGUAAAAAAAAAUCAUAUGAGGUACGAGGCUAGUCAAAUAAUUAGUAGGGGAUGCUGAUCAAAGAGAAACACUGGUUGGGAAACGGGAAACACUGGUCUAUCUACAUAGACUUUUAUCACUUUGUUUAAUUUUUUUUCAAUAAUGUUUUCUUUUGUUUGUUUUUGAACAGCUGUACCUGCUGAGGAACUUGACUCACUUCCUGAAGUUGACCAAAAUUCUGCCAAAGAAAAUGGAAAUGUUAGGGCAAGGAAGGUUAAAAAAUAAAAUAGUGAUGACCCUUUUUAGAAGUUAAUCAUCGGCUAGCAUUCAGAAACAAUUACAUUCUCUGAUAUUUUGUGUGGCUUGUUUGAUCAUUAGGACAUUUGGUGAAUGAGAAAUAUUUUGUUAUAUUUUGAUAGGCCUUGGUUGAUUAUGGAAAUGAAUUAAUAUUUGAUGUCAAAUAAUGCUGGCACUCUCUUACUAAAGAUAUUAAAUUUCAUAUUCAGCAGUUGCUAAAAAUCAAUGGAGUGGUGAUUUGUUUUCCCAAGAAAUACAUUUAUUCGAAAAAAGCAGCACAGUAAUAUGUUUAAAAAGCCAUCUUAAAUAUUUUUAUCAACCUGUUGAAUUUGAUAAGAGGUUAGUGAGAAAAAGGUAUCGUUAGUCAAGUUGGUUAAUUUUUUGUUCUUGAGUUUUCUGUUUUAAAACAAUACAUUGUAUUUUUUAAGUCAUAAGUUUUCAUUUUUAAUUCAAAUGUCCCUCAUUAAUUUUUGUUGCAAAGCUGUUUAUCAAGCAUGUUGAGGUUUUAGUACAAUGUUUAUGGUCCUUUGUUUUCAUGCUAAAUGGGAGUUAGAGUUGUCGUGACUAGUUUUAAUGUUAGACCAGGCUAGGAAUUUAAAAAUUUUUUUAAAGGGAAAAAAGUGUUACAGUGAAAGAGGUAAUUACUAUGUUAAACUGUUCCUAGGACACAUAAUAAAUUAAUUUGAUCAUUUUUGUAUAAUUUGUUGACUUGUUGAGUCACUACUGCUUCAUAACUGUUUUUUGUUUUGAACAACCGAACUACUGCGUUUACAGUUUUGUUAGAUUGUUUGUCAUGAGAGUAUGGGUGUUUUCUUUGCUGGCACAUUUGUCUCUUUUGACAGAGUAUCAGUCCAACAUUUUGUUUAAAACAAAAAAGUACUGCUAGUAUGUAUUGUUUUUCUUCUGAUGAAUCAGGCUUCUCAGAAAGACUUUGUUGUAGCUAGACAGGUAUAUAAAAAAAAAAACGUGUUUGUAUUUAUGGUGAAAACUUUUAUUUGAAACUAGACAAGAUCCUGUGAGAGUUUUUUAAAAGGUUAUUGUAAUAGUAAUUUCUGAAAUGAAUAGAUGAUUGUUUAAUGAGAAAGUCUGCAUUAGUAAUUUGCUAUUAUGUUGAUUGAAAAUAGGCAUAAAGCUGUCUCGCACAGACAGAGGGAGGAACAUCCUUUGUCAUGUUAAAUAAAAAGCGUGUACAGAAAUAGAGAGCGAUUAUCCAGAAUUUUAGCAAUUAUUUUUCUUUUCAAAACUAAAAGUUCCUAAAAUGUAUUUGGUUUUUUGGUCUUCCUGAACCCAACAUACCCAUUAUUUUUGGUUCAUAAACCAACAAAAAAUGAAACAAAACUCUUUGAAAUUUGAAUAUUGCUUUUUUUGAAAUCAAUAGACAUGAUAGAUUUUGUUGUCAUUUAUUUGUUGAUUUCUGCUACGGAGCAUGUAUGUUGGAGUUUCACCAUUGAAUGAUCUUCUCUUUAAUAUUUAAACUAUUACUCUUGAUGUUCAUGUAGUUUUGUGACCGGCUGUGUAUGUUCUGAUUUGUUGUUGUUUUGGUGGAUUUACCUCAUGCUCUUUGAAAUGUAGUCUUCUUACAUAGUCACUUUUUUUUUUAAAAAGUAUUUUAUUACCAAAAUGUAAUGCUUUAAAAUUUUAAUAUAAGUUAGUCUUGAGUUAAUGUUCUCCAGCAUUAACUAUGGAUGGAUUAAAGCGGUUGGCUGUGAAGAGAGUCAGUGUUAGAAAUUUGCAGUUUGAUUGCUGGUAACAAAUGCAUACAUGAUGAUUUCAUGAAUAUUAAAUAAGGAAUGUCUGCACUAGUAAACAUACGGUAAAAUCUUUUGAACAAUUACAUUAGCCAAUUACAUAUGGAGUUAACUAUAGGAUUACUAGGGGCUGCACAGCGCACUGAUCUUCAGAAUGUGAAUUAGUGGUCCAUGCAUUUAUUAAGAUUAAUUUUAGCGAACGCUCAAGAAAAGUUGUGUUUAAAGCCCAAAGAUGAAUUUUAGCGAACGCUUAAGAAAUGUUGUGUUUAUGGCCGAAAAAUGAAUUUUAGAGAACGCUCAAGACAAAUGGUGCUGAUAGCGGUUAUCACAUUUAUAGACUUUGUGUUCAAAUUCAAGGGCAAUGAAAAAUUCAACAGAAUAUAAAUAGACAUUGCAUCGAACUUCAAAACUCUAUUUGGGGAAGUGCUCUGUGCAGCCUUAUGAAGUACACAAUAUCCUAUACAUUGAAGGGUUUUGGAAAAAACAGUAAAAUAGUUAUAAAAAUGUGCUCAUUGUUUUGAUGUGUAAUUUUUCUGUAAACUCAAGUUUUGACAUGAUUUGGCUGUUAACUAGAAUAUACUAUAUGUGCUGGUGAAUUUGGAUAUUCACAACCUGCUGGUGUAUUCAUGUUUUUGACAUGUUCUAUGAGGCUGACCACUUACAUAAUAUAUACCGUUCUGCUGGUGAUGGUUGUUGUCAUGGUGAUGGUACUACAAGUGACAAUGCUUUCGUUGUGUCUUGUGUUGGUGAUUGCUACAAGUAAUUCAUUUCAGAAUCAAACCCACCUUUUAAUAGGAGAAGAAAGAAGAAAAAAAUGAUUUACCUAAAAUAUUUUGCCAUUUAUUUGGUAUGACUGUGGGAGCAAUUUUUGACUUGUUCACUUGUUAAUGUAUUUAACAAAUAAUCAUUUUGAUGAAUAAUCUGAAUUUUCUCAAAAUUCAUUUAAAAUUGAGAGAUAAAUGUGUCCAUGUAAACAUGUUUUAUUGUUUAUCCCUUUUGAGGGUUACAUACAGAUUUCUUUUAUAUUAAACAUUUCCUGUAGAGAUUUGUUGUAUUAGAAAAAGACAUCUAAUAUUUACUGUCUGUCAAAAUAAAACAUUUACUGUCUCUCAAAGCAAAUUAAAAUAUUUACUAUUUAAAAAAAAAUUAGAUUUUUAUUUUUAGUGCACACAAAAAUCUAAUGUUAAUGUACAUAAAAAAAUAAACUUAAAGAAAAGCACAAUUUUGCAUCAGCCCACUAAUAACUUCAAUACUUAUAGUACAUGUAUUUUGUCAUUUAAAUAUAUAUUUUCUUUGUUGCGUUACCAGGAGAGACCUGACUAAAAUAAAAAAUUUUUGUUUGCUUCAAAUGCUAUUUAAUACUGCUGCUGUUUCUUUUACAUUCAAAUGUUCUCCUGCCUGUUAAGUUUUUUUUUACUGUGCAUGCCAUCGACAUGAACAUAAGUGCUAACUACCCACUCUUUUAUUGUAUGGUUUUUAAUGACAUUAAUGCUCUUGGUUUUCCCACUAUCUCUUCCCACUAAUUUUGUUCACAACACUUACAUGCUGUUACCUUUAUUUAUUUGAAAACUUCUUCCUGUUCCUGAGCCGUCAUUAAAUUUCUAUUAUUCAAAGGAAUUGUAGAAACAUAAACUGUCAUAUUUUUAUCUUCAAGUCAUAAAAUUGUGUUUUAGUUUUCUAUAAACAAUUGUUUAUAUGAUGGUGUGUAUAGAUCUAAUGACUCAAUGGUUGCAACUUUUUUUUUGUUGCUAUGGAUUGGAAUUUAAAACACCUACGGUCUUGAGAUUUCUGUAGAGACUGUUGAUUUGAAGUUUACUCCACAGCUUUAGAGGUUAAGGUUCCUUGCUGAUGCUGCUGAUUUGAAGUUAAAACCAACAGUUCUAUUAGGCAUCUUCCAGUAAGAAGCAAGGGUAGGAAGAUACAGCUUUGUUUACAUUUUAUAGUCCUUAACCCCACUUGAUUUUUUUUUAUUUUUAAUUAUUAGCUCUACAUCUUAUGCUUUUAACAUUUUUGGUCAUUAGAAUAAUAUAGAAAUGCAGUGAAGAAUGUAAGUAGGGAAAGUCAACAGUUGUCCCUCUUUGGAACAUAGUACAGAAGAGAGUAAUAACAUAAUAUUUACUGCAUUUUAAAAAUAUAAAAACAUGUGUGUGCCCUUGAUGAAGGAAAAAAAACCCACCAAAUUCAAUGGACACUGUGGUCAUUGACCUCUUUCUUGUGAGGAUGAUAAGAAUUGCUAAUUUAUCUCUGCUGUUUUAGUGGAGAGCCAAACAGUUUGUAAGUAAUAGUUAUUACCAGCAAGCAUAGUCCUGUUGUGUGCUUGUGUAGGUUCUCCAUACUUUUACAUUGAUAUCUUUUUGUGACCAAGAUACAAUUUUAUUUAGGUACACUGCCUAUUAAAAAAGAAAAAAAAUUGAAAAUUUCAGUCCCACUGAUGUUGUAAGAAAUGGAACUAAAUUGAUUAAACACUGAAACAGUUAAAUUAAAGCUACCAGUCCUAACAUGUAUCCUCUUAGUACACUAAGAAUACUUUCAUCUUUGUUUUUUGGGUGUUGUAUUUGGGCUAUAAUUAGUUCAUCAUACAGCAGCCAGUUUGCACCCCUUUUAGAAUGCAUGUUAAAUUACAAAUAUUGAUUGGUAUGGUUAGGUGGAAAUGAAAUGUUUAAGUUAAAAAAAAAUCAAUACUAGUGUAUAAGAAAAUGUCAUUAAAAUGUGUCAGUGUAUUUGAGGAUA